UUGGGUAAUGUGUUCUCUGGCUGCAGAGAAGUUUUAAAAGCACCAAAUCACAGAGGGUAAAACACUGCUGCAAACAAAGCCCUUCCAAUGUUUCUUCCAUUAACAAUGCGGAGACCUGGAGCUUUGUGUUUAACUUCAUGGAUCACAGCAGGAACUGGAGUUCUGUGUUUAACCUUCUUCCAGUCAGCAGACUCUGGGUCGGACUGUGAGCUUGGUGAGAGGUGCGUUGGACAGAGGGAUGAAAACUUCAGCAGCUGGUAUGUGUGGUUGCCGGUGCUGUUUUUCCUGGCCGUGCUCGUGUCCUGCGGGAUCUGCUGCUGCCUGCAGUGCUGGCUGAAGCGGCGGGGCUGCCUCCCCCGGCGCACCCUGGCUGUCUUUGCCCUCAGCAGCUCAGAUGCCUUUUGUGCUACUGAAGCACCUCCAUGCCCAUUCUCUGGAUCCCUGAACCCCUGCAUGACUGCAGAGAUUUCCUCCUCUCCUGCCCCAUGCUUCAGCCUUGGGGGAACUGAAUUGCCUCCCUCUUAUGAGGAUGUUAUGAAGGAAAACAAGCUCUAGACACCACAUGCUGACUUUCUGUGAUUCUACUUGGUUCAUCAGAGAUCUUCCAUCAUGUUAAAGGAGUGUGAGAUAAAGUCAGCCCUUUCCACAGGCUGGCCGAGAGACUGAAAAGCAGCACAUAUUUCAUCUGAACCUGAAAGACAAGACUAAAUGCAACAGAAUAAAUGGCAAAAGUAUGUGUCAAAUCUGUCACAGGAGUUCAGCUUGACAUUUUGAUAUCUCUGGAUUUCAAGAAGAUUCCUCAAAGGCAUGCCUGCGUUUGGGGUUUCUGGCACAGCCUCUAGAUUUAUCUCUCUAUCUGCUUGAGCUGGUGCAACCCCUUGUAUUUUAGGACCAAAUGUUGAUAAAUUGCUUGAUAGUUACUUCUCGAGCUUGGGCUGCCUCCUUCACUCGGCGCUGUGCCAAGAAACACCCUCUGGCAAAGUCAUGUUGUUCUAAUGCAUCGCAAUGCAAUCAUGCCACUCUGUGAUGAAGGAUUGCUCGCCACAUUUAAAAUAUUUAGCACAGCGUAUCAGAUUUGUCUCGUGCAAAAGGCAGCAAAUUUAUGGCCAGAGAAGAGAAAACAAGAGACAGGGGUUAUGGAGGAGUAACAAUGGCAGGAGCUGGUUACAGAGCAUUAAAAAAAGUCAGUUUGUUCAUUUGAGUUGUUCUUAAUUUCACGGUGACUGUCCUCAGCUACUCUUGCCCUAGCAUUGCAGACCAGAAGGCUUUGAAUGGCCCAGGACCCACACGGAAGUUCCCCACAGACAUGAAUUAGGGGCUUAGGUACUUAGCUACUGAAAUUUAUUGGGAUAAAGAAUGCCAUUUUCUUUGAGGUGAUCACUGCAGACAGGAUGGAGAAAUACCUUAAGAAGCCAUCCAGACUGCCUGGUUCCCAAGCAGGAUCAGCUCAACCAAAGUCAUUCCUUGGAGGUAUUAGUCUCACUCUUCUCAAAUGACUGAAGAAAGAUGCUGAAUUUCCCCCUUGGCUGGAUUCCAGAUGAAAGCAAAGAUUCCCCUUUGUUUGUCGUGGGCAGGUCACUGAAGGCUGAAUUCAGCCUGCCUGACCUCUCUGCCUCUGCUCUCAGUGGCAAGGGCUGGGGACACAGUCAGACCUCUCUUGCUGCAGAGGGUAAUGUCACCCCUGUCCCAUGCUUUGUACUCCCAUGGGGCCAGGAGCCCAAUUUGGGCAGCGGAGUCCAUCUGGGAUUAGAAUCCCAAAAGAUUAAUGGAAGCCCACAGCCUGCCUCAUGGAGCACCUCCUCACCUGUGGAGUGAGGGUAGCACCAGUUCCUGUGCUCAGGAAGGAGACUGGGAAGAUAAAUACACUAAAUGCAUUGAUGAUGAUGAUUCUAUGUAAGUACAUUUUCUAGAUAAAGAAUUACAACAUAUUUGAGGAAAAGAAUUAUUUGCCAGCACCACUGCAAAUUAUCUCCCUAAAAUCUUACUUUGGACGGAACUUUAAUGAUUGACUCUUGUGUGAAAGGAAAUAAAUG